AUGUCAUUUGUUCAUAUUACAGGGAAUGAUUUACUUGAGGAUUCUCCAUAUGAACCUGUGAACAGCCGGCUUUCUGAUAUAUUUCGACUGGCUCCCAUCUAUUCAGGUGAGCCAGCACUAGCAAAGGAGAACAACUGCCUGAAUGCAGCGAAGGCUUGCAACCUAAACGACACCUGUAAGAAAUACCGUUCGGCUUACAUAAGCCCCUGCACGAGCCGAGUAUCAACAGCUGAAGUCUGCAACAAACGGAAGUGCCACAAGGCCCUGCGGCAGUUCUUCGACAAGGUGCCGCCCAAGCACAGCUACGGCAUGCUCUUCUGCUCCUGUCCUCUGGGGGAUCAGUUGGCCUGUUCUGAGCGCAGACGCCAGACCAUCGUACCAGCCUGUUCAUAUGAGGACAAGGAGAAGCCCAACUGCCUGACACUGCAAGCGUCCUGCAAGACCAACUACAUCUGCAGGUCUCGUCUGGCAGAUUUCUUCACUAACUGUCAACCUGAGCCCCGCUCUCUCUCUGGCUGUCUGAAGGAGAACUACGCUGACUGCUUGCUGUCGUACUCUGGCCUCAUUGGCACGGUGAUGACCUCAAAUUAUCUGCGUUCACCCAAGAUCAGCGUGUCGCCAUUCUGUGACUGCAGCAGCAGUGGCAACAGCAAAGAGGAAUGCGACAUUCACAGAAUUCUUCACUGACAACGCCUGCCUGCUGCCGAGGGCUUUGAUGGGAUGUUGAAGGAGACUCUUCAGGAGGUUAAACUGGGUUAA